AUGGAACAACGUUGUUCAAUUUCAGGCGUAUCUGCUCAAUCUGAUCGUGAAUCUGAUCGUGAAUUAUGUACGUGUUUAUUAAAUCCAAUCGAAGUAAUAUGUGCUCAUUGUAAUCUAGAUUUUUGUUCGUCUUGUUGGUUGAAACAUCGCAAUGAGCUCGACUAUAUAACAUAUACUAUUAAACAACAAUAUCAAUAUUUUAUAAAAUCACUGCAACAAUUAUCUGAUGGCGAUUAUUCGAAUGGUCAUCCUGCAAUGUUGGCAAUUGAUGAAUGGGAGAAUAUUCAUCUACAACGUAUUCAUUCAUUCGGUGAAGAAGCACGGGCCAAAGUUCAACAUUUAAUACGAAAUAAUCGUGAUGGUAUUCAACAUGAAUAUUUGACGUUAAUAGAAGCAUGCGAACAACAUCGAUUAUCAUUGACAGGCAAUGAACAAGUUAUCAAGGAUUUACAGAUAAAAGGAGAAAAUCUACAAGUAAAGUCAAGACAAGUUGAUCAUGUGGAUGUUAACACCCAACAAUAUGAUUUUACAACAGCAUUUACUUUUACUACUCGAAGACGCCAUAGUGAUGUUAAAAUAAGCGAUCAAUAUGCAAAAAGACUUUCAUCAGAAGUUAGCGACAGUAAAAAGCGACCUGACGCAUUGACUGCCCUGGGAACAUUGUUUAAACGUACAUCGAAACAUAAACAACAAACAAUUCAAAGACAAUCGAAUUAG